CAAAAGAAUUUAUGAAGAUUUUUUACAAAAUUCGCUUUUAAAUUCCCCGUAGCGACCCGUGAUGGCACAAAUCAAGUCGCGGAAUUGCUGUGUGCCAAGCUGCGCGAAUACUCACGAGACCUGUUCCAGCUUCUUUCGUUUCCCGCAAAAGGAGAAGGAUCGAAAACGAUGGAUACAAUCAAUAGGAUUAAAGAAUUUUGAGCCUAACAACAACACCUUUGUCUGCAUCAGACACUUUAUGGAACGCGACAUUUUCCAAAAAGCUGAUCGGAAGACGGGUCAAAAGGCGCGACUGAAGGUUUUAUCAACGCCGAGACUCUUUUUGGAACCUAUCAAGGUCGAAAAUAAGACAGAUGAGAGUGAAGAAGAACCCGAAGAAGCUCAAAAAACCUUAAAAAAUACGGAAAAUCAAAUUUUAAAUGGCAAAGAAAGCCCUUCGAAAGUAAUUGAAGCGCCAAAAAGCCCGAAACCAAUGGAAUUGACACUUGAUGCUGUGUUAAAAAGUCUUCGCGAUCAAAAUGCACAACAAUUAAAUGGAAAAAGGAAACGCGCAAAGCUCUCUCUUGUGUUGCCAUUGCUCAAAAGUGUCGAAAUUUACUCCUCCGACAGCGAUUGUGAGUACGAAAUCUCACUGAGUGUCAAAAAAGUCUCGAAAAAAGCUGAAGAAGCAAGUCAAAGUACAAAUCGCUCGAUAGAAGAAAGUAUCGAUAGCACGCCAGAACGACCAAAAGCCCCAAAAGUACCUAAAAUCGACGAAUCUCAGGCUGCGGAAGCGCCGCCAGCUAUUUUCGAGGAUGACGUUGAAGAUGCCGUCACGCCAACGGUGAUUCCGAGACCGAAAUGUGUGCCAACAACCAACAGCAGUCCCAAUAUGCAUCCAAAAAAGAGGAAUUACAAACCGCCUGUUGCAGAAAAAAAAUCGGAGAAGCCCCAACGAGCGACAAAUUUGAUUUUACCACCGAAGAAAAAUUAUUCGAACAUCAUGGUUGCGAGUAUAAACGACGACGGUACAAUUGUAGAGGAAAUGGAAGAGCUUGUAACGACUCCGGAUCGUCAUGCGAUAUCUGAGAUUCAAGUUUCGGCAUCACAAGAUGACUUGAGUCAACUUAUCGAGGUCGAUUUUAGUGGCACGAUGGAAGAAACGCCCGUUGCGAAUAAUCUCCCGCCUGCGGAAUUGCUUCAAAAUACCCCAGAUGCCUCCGCGGAACAAGAUACGGAUGACGAAACGAGUGACGGUCGCGUUAGGAUCUGCUACGAGUGCGUAAAAUGCAAAGAAAUGAUCCUGAGUACGAAAAAAACCAUUCGCCAUUUGAGACAAUCGCACGGAUUGACGAUCGACGGUACCCAAGACCUCAAAUUGCACACCAAAGAAUAUCCCUACAAGAAUUUCCGGAUGGUCAGUGGGGGUAGAGCCUUCACUUGUAGCGUUUGCCUGAUGUUAUACUACAACGUACAAAGUCUCAAGAAGCACCAAAUGAUCAUGCAUGCCUCGAUGCUCGGUUUGGGCGAAGAACAACCGAAGCCCCCGCAGCCAAAUAGCAACAUUAAAGUUUGUCACGUUUGCCAAUCGGGUUUUUUGGAGGAAGAAAAUCUCCGAAGUCACCUUUUGUUGCACGCGAAUGGCAAAACUGAUGAAAUUGUCGUGUACAAAUGCGAAGAAUGCGGUCUUGGAUUCGAAUAUGCCGCCGCACUGAACCAACAUACGCAAGAGCAUCAUCAAACUGUGAAGGUUUUCACGUGCGAAUAUUGCAUGAAUGCGUUCCUUAAUGACGAGGAUCUCGUUGAGCACAUCCAAAAUCAUCUCCUGAACAACGAUCAGAUCGUCGAAGCGGGAGAUGCGACGAAAAUUAGUCAAAUGGUCAUUCAAUGCCCUGAGGAUAAGUGUGAUUUGCAGUUUAAUGACUCGAAUACGUACUAUUCGCAUAUUUUGUAUACGCAUCGGAAGGUGUAUCAAGACGAUCCGCGGUUUAUUGAGUACAUUCAGAUGGUAGAUCCGGAUACGUUGAACGAGAAACGAGUGAAAACUUCGGGUACGCAACCCAAAUUUAAUUGUAGGAUUUGUGAUCGAAAGUUCAGUCACUACUCCUUCCUGAAAGCGCACGAAGCUGGCAAAAACAAAUUCAAGUACGAGUGUUCGGAAUGUGAUGAAAAAACCCCCAGCAAAGUGUGUCUCGUUCGUCAUUACAACGUCAGACACGACAAAAACAUCGAAAGACUCCAUUUUUGUACAGAUUGCCCAAAAUCAUUCCCCAAAAAGGCCGAGUUACUUACACACAUCAACACGCAUCGCAAUGACAGACAAACGACAAUUCAUCACUGCAACUUGGAUGGAUGCGACAGGAUUUUUGCCGAUCAAACAACGUACAAUUAUCAUCUUUCGCGACUGCAUCACAGCGGAAAAAGUUCCUUUGUGUGUCAAUACAACAAAUGCAAUCAAGCAUAUCGGCACGAAACGCUGUUGAAGCAACACGUCAACGAAGCUCAUUUACCCAAAGAUCAUCAAGAAACGCGAAUGAAGAACUUGCAUGCGGAGUCAUUUUCAGGUCAAACGACGUCGUCGUCUUCAACGAAGGAGCAAAAUAUAUUUUUCGGGCAUUCGGAUAAAUAUGUGAAUGGAACGAUGGAUUUUCCCGAUUCGCUGAUGCCGGAGGUACUAAACGACGUUUGCAAUGAAGUUACAAUUUACACGGAUUUUUAAAUGCCCAAUGAAAUUAUUUAUUGAAAAAAAAAGUUUUACAUGAAAAUCGUAGAUUUAGAUUCCUUGAUGGGCGAUUAUUUAAUAAAAUUAAUUUUUAUUUUAAGGAAAUUGAAUAUUAAAUUAUCAAAAAUAAAAGGAAUUUUGCCUAUUUAUAUGGCAA